UCCAACAUUAGUGAGACAGACAAGGUUACCUUACCUAGGCGCAAGUACAAGCAAGGAUCGAACACAACACAAACAAAGAAAUCGAAGAAGACUUGUUUCAGAUCCAAAAACUCAUUCAUGUUCUUUUCUUUCAACUUUCAAACUUUCAAUUCAACAAUCACAAAACACAUCAUGAUUCUCAAUUGACAUUCCUUCAACAACCUCCGUGCCUUUCGAUUUUGAUUCAAAACCGCAUUUGCCACUCAUGGACAAAUACAACACUCUUCUCUCUCUUCUUUUUCUUCUUCUCUUUCUCUCUCCUAUUGCUUCUUCUUCAACCAUUAUCAAUUUUCAUCAACCCUUUCCCAUUGUCGAACCUGAUCCUGGUCAUACAAAACUUCGUCUUUCAGAGGAAGGCUUGGAGGCUAUUGAGAAAAUAACAAACCCCAUUGCAUCUGUGGCCGUAAUUGGACCGUACCGCUCUGGAAAGUCAUUUUUGCUUAAUCAACUUCUCUCUCUUUCUUGUUAUGAAGGGUUUGGCGUGGGACACAUGCGUGACACCAAAACAAAAGGAAUUUGGAUUUGGGGAACCCCUAUAGACUUGGAAAUUGAUGGAGUAAAAACUUCUGUCUUUUACAUAGAUACAGAAGGAUUUGAAAGCAUCGGGAAGUCGAAUGUAUAUGAUGAUCGGAUAUUUGCUCUGGCAACUGUAAUUAGUUCUGUGCUUAUCUAUAAUCUGCCUGAGACGAUACGCGAAGCUGACAUCUCUAGACUCUCUUUUGCGGUUGAGCUUGCUGAAGAGUUUUAUGGAAGAGUGAAGGGCCAAGAUGUUGCAUUUGAACCUGCUAAGCUCUUGUGGCUUAUCCAACGCGAUUUUCUGCAAGGAAAAUCAGUGCAACAAAUGGUGGAUGAAGCUCUUCGACAAGUCCCCAAUACUGAUAGAGACAAAAAUAUUGAUAUGAUCAAUCAAAUUCGAGAUUCAUUGGCUAUAAUGGGUGACAACAGUACGGCCUUUAGCUUACCACAACCACAUCUCCAAAGGACAAAGCUUUGUGACUUGAAGGACGGGGAUCUUGAUCCAUCAUAUGUGAAGAAAAGAGAUAAACUAAAAGAGCUUGUUUCUAGCAUAAUCCGUCCAAAGAUUGUACAGGGAAAAUCUCUAAAUGGGAAAGAGUUUGUUGCUUUCUUGAAGCAGAUACUUGAAGCCUUGAACAAGGGAGAGAUUCCAUCAACAGGUUCUCUUGUGGAGAUUUUCAACAAGGAUAUUCUUGAAAGAUGUCUUAAGUUAUACAGUGAAAAGAUGGCAACCUUGGAUCUACCUCUUACAGAAGAAUCUCUUCAAUCAUCCCAUGAUAGGGCUAGAGGUGAGGCCAUGCGUGCAUUCGAUCAACAACAUUUUGGCCGUCAUCAUGCUAAGAAAUCAGUCACGCAAUUGGAUGAAGAAAUAGAUAAGGUAUUUAAGAAUGUCGUUCUAAAAAAUGAAUAUAAAUCUUCAAAGCUUUGUGAGGCACUGUACACCAAAUGUGAGGACAUAAUGGAUCAGCUUCAAGUUCUCAAGCUUCCUUCAAUGGCAAAAUUUAAUGCAGGUCUCGAGAAAUGCAAUCAUACUUUCGAGCAUGAUUGUGUUGGCCCUUCAAAAGUAAACUACGAGGGACGCAUGAAAAAGAUGUUGGGAAAGUCCAAGUCUCUAUUUAUUAAAGAAUACAACCACAGGCUUUUCAAUUGGUUGGUGACCUUCUCACUGGUAACGGUUGUGCUUGGCCGCUUUAUUAUUAAGUUCAUUUUGAUUGAAAUUGCUGGAUGGUUACUUUUUAUAUUUCUGGAGACCUACACAAGGUUGUUUUGGUCAGCUGAGUCACUUUACUACAACCCAGUUUGGCAUUUUAUAGUUGCAUCUUGGGAAACUCUUGUUUACAGUCCAAUUCUGGAUCUUGACAGAUGGGCUAUCCCACUAUGUGUAAUACUAUCUUUUUUCAUUCUAUAUUGGCGGUGUUUUGGGAAAAGAAAAUAUGGAUCACGGUGGUUAUUACCAUUAUAUAGCAGCAAUAAAAAUGGUCCAAAUAGACCAAGAUCAGAGUAAAACUUAUAUGAUGAAUUCAGUUGGAACCAUAAGCUAUUGCCAUGCUUCAAAAAUUUGGUAUGUUCCAAUAUUCGUUAGGGCGAGCUUUUCCUUUUUUGUACAUGGAGCACGCCACCUAGUUUUGUUGCACACAAAGUGUAAAAAGAUGAUGAUCAGAAGAUGAAUGAUCUCUCCAACAGCUUCUGUAACUUGUGCUCUACAGCCACAACAUCAUGUUGAUUUUACCAAUGAAUUAUUACUUAGCAGUUAUUUAUGUCACAUUUUAGAGUAAAUUGGACUUUAGAUACAUGUGAUGUGCCACCGGCAUGUAUUGACUUGUAGACAGGUAAAUAUAUAUAACACGAAAAGAAAUAGAUUUAUUCA